ACGAGGGGGAGACGCGGAGUGGGUCAGCAGGCAGACCCAUAGCAGAGCCCAGGCCGUUCUCCUGACAGCGUGGGACGCUCAGAGCUGACAGAAGCAGCACAACUGGGAGAAAACCACACGCAUCCCUGCUGGUUGUAACAUCCAUCCCCUGCUCCCUUCAGGCCGCCUCGCCGCGCUCAGACUCCAUUUCCCAGCAGCCCCCGGGGCAGCGAGGCGGUGCCGACAUGGCGGCCUGGGCACGGGCGGUGCGGGGGCUGUUGCUGGACAUUAGCGGGGUGCUGUACGACAGCGGCGGGGAGGGCGGCGGGGUGCCCAUCGCCGGCUCGGCUGAAGCUGUGCAGAGAAUCAAAGCAUCCGGCCUGAAGCUGCGGUUCUGCACUAACGAAACACAAGCGACCCGAGAGAAAUUUGUGAAGAAGCUGCAGGGCCUGGGCUUUGACAUCUCUGUGGCUGAAGUCACCGCCCCAGCACCAGCAGCCUGCCGCCUUCUGAAGGAGCGUGGGCUGAGGCCACACCUGCUCGUGCACGAUGAUCUUGUCCCUGAAUUUGCUGACAUUGAUAAAACAAACCCAAACUGUGUGGUUAUCGGAGAUGCGGCAGAAAAUUUCUCCUAUGCAAACCUUAAUGAAGCUUUCAGAGUUCUGAUUGGAUUGGAGAAACCUGUUUUGAUCUCCCUUGGAAAAGGACGCUACUAUAAAGAAACUGAUGGUCUGAAACUUGAUGUUGGAGCAUAUAUGAAGGCAUUAGAGUAUGCCUGUGAUGUUCAAGCUGAAGUAGUGGGCAAACCAGCAAAAGCAUUCUUUGAGUCAGCCCUAGCAGAAAUGGGAGUUCGACCAGAGCAGGCCAUCAUGAUUGGAGAUGAUAUCGUGAGCGACGUCGGCGGCGCCCAGCAGUGCGGGAUGAGGGCAGUGCAGGUGCGGACAGGAAAGUACAGGCCCUCUGAUGAAAACCACCCCCAGGUGAAGCCUGACGCCUAUGUGAACAACCUGGCAGAAGCGGUGGACACGAUCCUCAGCCAGAUGUAGGGGCAAUGGUGCUGCAGAGACCUAAGGGAUGAGGAUGGUGCCUUGCAUGUGGCACAGCCACCAGCUGCUCCGUCCUCUGUCUCCCUGGUGUGCUUCUGAACUGUUCACCCAAGGUACUAAACCAAGACUAACCUCAACAGAGAGAACACCAAACCCUCUGUGUGCAUUUUGAGCUUCCUUCCCCUCGGUGCCAUCCAAGUGCCAGCACAGCCCUUUAAAGAUGAGGAUGUCUCUGAGGGGCAUGGAGAGCAGUCAUGCCCUGCGCAGUUUGGCUGGGUACCGGUGUGCCUCCACACUGGUAGGCAUCCUAUGGGCAUCCCAAAAACCCUGUGGGACUAUCAGAGCACACUGGGCAAGGCUGUGGUUCUGUUUCCAUCCUGGUUUCCAGCACCUCUCUGGCACUGCCCUGAGUCAGAGGGCAGGAAUUCAGGACUGCUAUGACAAAUCGCAGAAUAAUUGUGCCGUCAUGGCGUUAAUAAACACAGUGCUGUGAAUCUAAUCCUGUUGUUGUCAUGUUCAAUUGGAUCAGCACCCCCAAAGGGUUUGUAGGGGACAUCUCCAACAGGGGCCUAUGGUUUCUCCUCCCCUUUGCAGGGCAGCCUGGUGAGCAGGCAGGGCAGCUCACUCCAAACAGAGAAAAUUAUAGAUUUGGGAUGGCUUCCCCACCAUCACUGCCUCUGGAUGGUGUUUGCAACCUUUUAAAGCCAAAAGCUUUCAAGUGCGGUCAGCAGCUCUGUACCCCUUGGAUUUUAGGCAAGACUUUGUGCCUUAGAGUGGAACGGAAUGAGACCACAUGGAUUUUAACCUGCUUCUGGCCUCCUGUGGGACCACAGAAAGGUUAUUUAAACACAAAGAGCACGUGUGUGUACGUACAGCAUGCUGCCUGCAUCCAGCUACUGCUGUCUGAGUGCAGUAAAUGACAAUUCCAGCUCGGUUUCCAGCAGCCCACAGAGUUAAGGUGACCCCAGGCACCGAUGCACUGUUCUGUGUUUCUGCACCGAGUGCGUUGCAAAGACUGCACCCCUUGGGGACAGGAGGGGGAAUGUAGGAGUUUAAUUGCAAUAAAACAAACUACAUCUGGGAAAAUGACCUUAGUGGUGUCUCUUGUUCUGUUUUUCUAUCUUUUACCCUCAGGGUAGUGGUUCAGCCAAAGUCUACGGCUCCACACACACACAGAGGAUGCUGUAAGCCACGGUCCAGCAUUAGUGCUGCAGUGGGUCACGGAUAAUUCCUUUUUUAUCCUGUAAUUCUUUCUUCUUGUUCUGUUCUGCUAAGCCUGUCGGUCAGAUUAAAGUUAGGCAGACAAACUUUUUGGAUUGUUCGCUCACUUAAGGAAAUGCAGCCGUUCUGCUUUCUGGUUUAAGAAAUAAGUGAAGGGAAGGAGCAGAGCACAGGCUGUAGGACAUUGUCUGAUUUCACAGAUAACAGAGGCCCUGUGUGCCUUUACCUGGGCUUCCUGCCUUGCUCAGCUUCAUAUUUUAAGGAUGGGACAUCGUCAGAUGUUAAAGUUAGGUAGUACGAUUAGGUUGUGAUUGGACUUGAUGGUCUUGAAGGUCUUUUCGAACCUGAGCAAUUCUAUCAUUCUAUGAUUACCUCUGACCUUAAACAAGAAACCUAAGACAUCGCUUGGCACUCAGCUUUGUGAUUCCCCAUCGCCUCCCCCAGCUCCACAUACGAGCCCCCCCACCACCACGAGAGCUCCGACCCACAGCGGUGCGUAGGAGCACAGAGAGGCGAGACGCCGGCCGGGCCGAGGGCUAUGGAACCAGGAAGCUUUAUUUACACAGUAAAAGUAACAAGCAAUUUCCUGAGACUGAGCUGCUCUAGUGCAAUCAAGUCAUGGAGAGGGGACAGGUCAGCAGUCUUCUUGCCCACCCCGGGGCCACCUGCAAUGGCCUGGGCACACACAUACCUCUGCGCUUGUGCAGUGUGCAGAGAUGUUGCUAUGACAGGGCAGAGCUUCAGAAGGCUUUUGUUGUUGUUGUUGUUGUCAUAUUUCUUUUUGUUGUGUUUUUUUUUUGUUGUUGACUUGUUUUUGUUUGUUUUUUUUUUGGCCAUCCUCUUCUUUUGAUUUCUUCCACAUCGAAAACAUAAAACUCCGUAAAGCACUGCUACAAUCCUAGAAUAUCCUACAUCAGUUUGUUAUCCUGUUCAGCCAGGAGCUUUGAAACAAAGCACUGAAAACACAACUGUAUUGGCCAAGGAGGCUAUGCUAUAACGUGAAAAAAUUACAAUCUAUGUUACAAACACUUCUUCCCAUCUUUUUGUCCAAGAUGUAAUCUUCCUUAGAACAGGCUCGAAACACGUGCGUGUGUUACCGGUGCUAAGCGUUCCUCUAUCCAAACCCUUUAUUUCCUUACUGCUGCAAUCUUAUUGCUGAUGCCAUGGCCUGCUGUCAUCCUGAAGCUGUCGGAUUGGGUCAAGCCUUCAACAAGCCACGGGCAUCUUCACAACCACGAGCCUGCGAGCUGCAAGCAAAGGCCUCCACCUGCACUGCAUUACCACGUUCUGGCAGGGCUUUGCUGCAAGGGUUCCCAGUGAGGUCCUCUAACAACCAGUGGAUCCCUGGGAGCCCCUGGGCUGCAAUGGAUCUCAAGGAACUCGCACCGCAUCUAACUACAAUCAACAGGAUGUCCCCUGGAUCUGAGGCACGUACUAUAUUAUAUUUAAUAUUUUUAAUUUUUUUUUAUUUAUAUAUAUAUAUAUAUAUAUAUAAAUCCACAACUGUUUUACCUCUACAGAGAGAGAUUUUUUUUUUUCCUUUUUUUUUUUUUUUUUUAAGUAAGGCUUUCUCGAACUGAAAACAAGUACAUGAAAUCAUACGAAACCAACAGAGAAACACCCAACAGAACACCACUGUGGCCUACAAACCGUCACUGCAGUCUGUGUCUAAGCUAAUGUGCCCGGUAUAAGGCCAUUACUCAUUGGAGAAGCAUCUUUAGUAAGGCAAACGGGUUGUGCUGUAUGUAAACUGUAUGCUACGUCUGUGUCAGGUACAGCCGACGGCCACUUGGUCACCGUCCUACUGCAUGGGGUGAGCAUGUCCUAGGUAGCAGCCCUUGGAGGGAGAAAAGAGCCCUUGUUACAGCCCCACGUGUGCAUAGGCAAGCGUGCCCUGAGCUCUGCGGGAGCCCGGGGCUGUUAU